AUGACGACCAAACUGUCAGUUGUUCUGUUGGCUUGUGUCAUAAUAAAUUUAGUGUCAACUCAUGGUCCUCCAUUAGACCGUGAUAAUGAAGAUAUAGCUAUGGGGAGGAAGAUGGGUGCUAAAUGGUGCAGUAUGGCAAAGGUUUGCAAUCACGAUCGCGUUCCUAUCUGUGGGCUCAGUCAUGCGGGUGAUGUGAUGGGCUUCAGGGAUCUCUGCGAUAUGUUCGAUUAUAACUGCAUUCGAAGGAGAAAUUACAAGCAAACAACCUGCCCGGAAGAUAAAUCAAUCUUAACCGCGUCCCGCCGACCAACCAAUAGUUUUUAUGAUGAAUAAUUAAAUCAACAAAAAUAGCUGAGUAUAUGUUAUACUAAACUAUGUUAUACUAUGAAGAUGAUUAUUACUGUAUUAUGACUUAACUUAAAAAUAAAAGUAUUAUUUGUGUUA